AAUUGUAGCUUUCAAGUGUAGCCAAGUGGUCAUGCAACGGUGUGACUCGCGUAGAAACCGCCUUUUUUGAAGGCGAAAACAAAGAUUUGUCUUAAAAUGCUUGAAAAUGAUGUUUUUUAUCAGUUCGGGUCAAAUUCAUAAGAUCGGUUAGUAUUUCAAUUCAUUUAAAUUUGUAUUUAGUCAUUUACUCGUCGAUUUGGAGAUUUGACUGCGUGUACCGAUGAAAACUACUUCAAUAACACGUCAAAUUGUGAUACAUUUUAAAUGGCUUAAGAACCAUUGACAUCCUUAAUUUGUGUGUAAUAACGUACAGAGAAGAGAAGAUUACAAAAUUUUUUACUUUAUCUUCCAUCUUAUUGACUGGUUUGAUACUCUAUUAUCUUUUGUUAUUUUCGCGGCUAAAAUAUUUAUCCGAGCAACGCACCACGAGUCUAGACCAUAAAUUUGACCAUAUAUCAGCACGGUCAAGCUCAUGAAAGCUGAGAAAAAGUUUAGUCAAAGCUCAAAGUUUUAGCUUUGUGUGGUAAAGAAAACAACGGACUUUACUAAUUGAUAACCGUUAUAUUAUAUAUAUCUGACAAAUUACCACAUGCUAUUAUGGAUUUACUACAUUAAGACCUAGAUUUCUUGUAAAAGGUUUACAGGCUAAUUAAUAUUGUUAACAAUUUACAAAACCAAUUGAAAAUUGUCACCUGCAUAAUUGAGGGUAUGUAUAUUUAGCUGUAUUUGAAAGUCGUGAUUGAGAUAUUGUCGUACACCAGAUAUUACGCGACAUGACAUUUGCUUACUAAAAGUUUAGCAAAAAUCUGGAUUAACAGCUUUUUCAUAGGCAAAGCAGCAUUAGCAAUUCAUUAGCGGUUUAAAUACAGUUUAGUAGUUCAGUACAAAACCAAUUAAGAGGGGUUCAGAAUUCCAAUGAAGAGGCCAAUUAGCCACCGUUACACUUAAAUGACAAUGGGCAGGCAUUUAGCAUUCAAAUAUGUGAGAUUAGCAACAAUUACUAACAGUUGACAAUAUGUUGUCGCGCUAUUUUGUCAUCAAAAUUUACACCUUCUCGAGCUUUUUUUUCAAAAGCUUCCACAUAGCUGCAACAUACUUGCUUCAUCCAAACAAUAGCUGGCUGCAGAUAACAGGCUCCAUAUCCUAUCCGAUUAUUGGUUUACCCAUGCAUCGCUCUUUUUACUUCGAUUGGGGCUUUCAAAUGAACUAUGACUUUCCUUACAACCUCGCUUCUUUCUACAAUGCGCCAAUUUGGAAGUUAGAAAAACGUGAUGUAAAUAACGAUAGAUCCCGAGAUCCCCGUGACUUUAGUAAACUGAACUUUCACGGAGUGGAAACACUGGAGUACCAUGGACUGUUCAAAAAUUGGUUGGAUGCGUCCAAAGACAGGCAUUUUUUCGAUUUCACAGCUGGUGAAUUAUAUAACGCACUGGAGAGCUUAAUAGAAAGCUAUGGCUAUCACCGUAGUUGUUUACUGCAGAGCGUAUGCGACAUCGCUCAAUAUCCAUUUGGCGCUGAAGAACAACAUGUUUUACAAGACUUGAUUACAUUUCUCCUGACCCCCUCAUGGCAUUUGGGUUUUGUUGCAAGCGAAGAGGCGCAACGCAAAGCUUACGAGACAGCUGAAUGGAGUGGUACACAUGGUUUAAAUUGUAGGAGGCUCUAUCCAGCUUGUAGAAGGAAUUUUCUGCGCACGAUCACAAAAGUGAUUCUCGAUAAUAGUUGA